AUGGCUACAGCCAUAUACACGAACCAGCCUGGUGCUCAGUACGGAUAUCCACAACCACCCCCUUCGCCUCCAAUGGACGAAACCUCGAAAUGCUCUCUUCCCUCGAUCUCCAACUUAUUAGUAAUGGCAGACGGUGGAUCACCAACGACUGAGCAGUCGCCUCAGUCUCAGCAAGGUACGAACGGGUUAAACAACUUCAUUAUGAAAGGCGCCGUACUAAACUCCGGGGCAGCACCAUUAGUGAAGGUAGAGACUCGACCGAAUUCGGCUCACUGUGCGAGCAGCGCUCCUCGAGCCGCUUUACCUCCUACUCCCCCUAUGAGUUCAGAUGCGUCCUUUGAUGGCUACAACUCACCGUCGACGAGAUCGGUUUCUGUUGUAUCGGGACCAAACUACUAUUACGAGACGACCCCGCCACUAGAAGAUGUUCACCGCCAUCAGAUGGCGGCAGCGGUGGCACCUCGUAUGUCCAUGCAAGCUCCGGCAUAUUCGCAACCCGCUUUUGCUGCGCCAUACCUAGGUCAGACGCCAGUACCAGCUUACUAUCCCGGCACUCUCCCAGGAGUUCACCCAGCUCAACCGCAGAUCUCGGGACUCUACUAUCAGAGGCCAUUGCCACAGGCAUUUCCUCCUCUACCAGUAACGGUGUCUCUAGCGCCAACUCAGGGGGCGAACCCGUGGCAACACCAUCAUUACAUUUCGCCAUCCUCGGCGGCUUCUUUCCCGCAGUCACAGGAUCGUUACAUCUGCCAGACCUGCAACAAGGCGUUCUCGAGACCAAGCUCGCUACGAAUUCACAGCCACUCGCACACCGGCGAGAAGCCCUUCAAGUGCCCUCACGCGGGCUGCGGGAAAGCGUUCAGCGUACGAAGCAACAUGAAGAGGCACGAGCGCGGAUGUCACGACAACGGCAACUCUCACCACUAA